AUGUAUCAACCAAGAGGUCAGCUCCAUAAGUUCUAUCUGUGUAGACAAUGGUCGAGACCAUCCACGAGUUCUCGUCCGUGUUCUAAAAAAUGGGGCAUGGAUGAAACGUUACAGCUUGACAUGUAUCCAAGGGUGAAAGUGAGAAAACAAGUGGAAGAAGAUGAUCAAUAUGCUUAUGAGAAAAUUUCUUUGCAGUCCGUGAAGGCCUUUGAAUGGCUUUCUUUGAAUGAUUUCUCUUCUUCAGAUGAGUCCCCGCCAUCAAUUGUAAGAGUUCGCGGUUCUAAUGUCCCAAAAUCACCCAUAUCUACCUGUACUGGAUCCAAAGGAGAAGAAAAUAACAAGACGAAGACUGUUUCAGCUGAGAACCGGAAAAAUGUAAGAGCUAGUUCAGUCCCACGUCCACGUGCUGUCUUAUCUAGCCCAGAUAAUGAUGGGAUCAUUGGAAGCAAAACAAAGACUAGAAGAGAACUACAUCCAAGUACAAAAAGUCAUAAUACAUGUCAAAAUAGACAUACACAGCAUAAGGUUUUUCCAAGAUCUACAGCUGCCGAAAGUUUUGGAAGCACGCUAGUAAACAACAAGGAAGCAUCCGAAAGAAAAAAUGAUCCUCCUGCAAAAGGAAGAGCUGUUCCACCUGAUUCAAGCCUGAGAUCAGGGCCUUUGAGAAGGAAACCCCAGUAUCCAGUUAAAAUGAAGCUGAUAAGUUGA